CUACUGCUACUGCUGCUGCUGCUGUUACUGCUGCCGUUGUAGCAGUUUGUGUGAAACAGCAGUCUUCAGUGGUGUGGAACUGUGGUUACAAUGCCAGAGCUCUGCUACCAACAUGGGAUGUGGUCUGUCGAAUUUACGCCGCUCAAAGUCGAGGAGAACGGCUGCAGUGGAGGACGACUGUGCAGUAAUUCAUGGAGGCCGUGAUAAAGGCAAAGUGAAGAUCCAUUAUGGCAAGGAGGUCUCUUUAAUUGCAGCUGACCCCAAACUCAUCUUCAUAUUCGGUGGACCAGGAUCAAAGAAAGGCGCUAUUGUUAAUGAGUUAAUGUGCACAUUCGGAUUUACUUUAAUUAAUGCAGAAAGAAUCAUUUUACAAAGACUUAUGAAGAACCUGGAUGAUCAGCAAGAUUCCCUUGAUUGUUCAGCAGCUGUAAAAAGACUUUUAAAGGACCAACCAGAACUGGUAUGUCUUGACUGGGUUAUGCAAGAAAUUAUAAAACAACUAGAUAAAAGACCAAAGGGAUUUUAUUUGGUUGAUGUUCUUCCAAACCUAAAAGUCCUCUUAAAGUUGGAUGGACUUCUCAAAAAUACGGGCGAGGAAUUAAGCAAACUUGAAGCUAAGUACCCAGUGUCAUUUGCAAUAAACAUGGACAAACCUUCAGUGAAAAAACCAAGUCAUUCAGAAAAUUCUAAUUCCAAGAAAAAUAAGAGUUCUGGAAGUAAUACUCACACAGAUGAAGCAGAUUAUUCUAGAACAGAGAAACGGUUAACACUCUAUGGAAAUGCUGUGAAACCUUUCUUGGAAUAUUUCCGUAAAUCAGAGAAAAUGAUUUCAAUAGAUUCUUCAUCGGGUAAAAUUGACACAAUUUGUUCAAUUCUCACAGACUUUAUGACCUCCUUGAAUAUGCAAAGUCAGAAAGCAAUCAGUACUGUGAUAUACUUUGCAUUUACUGCAGAAGAGUGUAACUCAAUCAGAGACACAUACCUUGUAAAUUAUAUUUGUUUAAAGGACCAUAACGAACUUGAUGAUUCAUCACCAGAGAAGCUCUUCCAAUGGUUGUGUUGUUACAUUGCCGAAAAUCAGUAUGAGAAUCGGAACUUCCUUAUUAAUAUGGUUGGAAUUGAUAUCAAUUCUAAUUCCUUUAAUCAAACAUCUAACAAGAAACCAGUGCUCUUCUUUGAAGUCAAUAAUUCUGUAUUGAAGAAAUACAUGGAAUGUCGCACACGAGACGUGAAACAGCAGCUGAAGGAAGUGAAAACAGUCAUCUCAACUGAAAAUGAAGUUUACUUGUUCUCUCCAGACACAGAUUCAGAACUUUGCAAGCACAUAGCAUGGUGCUUCACUGAGUACCGUGAAAGUAUAUAAGGACUUGAGCUGCUCAAUGACUCAUUAUCAACAUUUCCUGCUCGUCAUUGCUGCCAUUCUAUAAUUCCUGGACAUUUUAACCAAUGUUUUCCUAAUUCCAAACCCAUUGACUCUUCCUUCCCUCCUUCACCUUGUUUCAUCUCUUAAAUAUUUUAUUUUUGGUUAUUUUUGUAGCAUAAUUAUUGAAAAAUGAGCUGAUAUAUCAUCGUGAAUAACAUAUAUAAAUAUACAUACAUACAUACGUAAAUAUAUACACAUAUAUAUGCAUAUAUGAAAUACAUAGAUACAUACACACACAUAUAUGUAUGUGCAGCGAAGAAGGC